UUUUUGUUUUGGAACAACCCAAAUCGCUCACCUCAUUUAUCACCUGUCACAUCAAACCUGAGCCUAUAGGGGGUAUUUUCUUUUCAUCUUGCCGACAAUCCCGUGGGUUUAAAGGGGUUUUAAGCCCAUUAAUCAUCAUUAUUUGUUUUGGAACAACCCAAAUAGCUCCUCCCAGAUCGCUCCUCCCAGAUCGGUUCUCCCAGCUCGCUCACCCCAAAUCACCACAAACCCAAACCUUUUGAUACUUUUUUUCUUUUUGACUUUGCAAAUAAUAUCUACCUUUCGAAGGGUUAAAGUGUAAUUAAUCAAUGUUUUUUGUCAAUUAAUCAAAUUACAUAUAUGAUUAAUUACCUUUUAUGAAUGAUAGAAUUAUCUCGGCAAUACUGAAGUGGCAUAUACUCUACAAAAAGUUAUCACUGAUAAACGAUGUCACAGGCAUAAAAAAUCGGUUCUCACGCUGUAACUUUUUUUUGAGAUCAUCAGAUCUGAUUGAGCCAAUUAUGAAAAAGAUAUCGAAUCGAGACUUUACAAAUGAUAUGAGAAUUAUUCGAAUUGGUCGAAUAACAGGAAAGUUAUGACCAUAUACUGAAUCGGCGGAUGCUAAUCGGCGAUACUGAAUUGUCCUUAACCGAAAUUACCUUUUACUUUGGCAAAACGUUUUUCUAGAACAAAUUGAUUUUUAUGACUUUUUUGGUUGGGAUAAUUUUUCGGACAAUUUUUGCGGACUAAGAGAUUAUUUUGUUUAUAUUACCUAAUAAAAAAUUAUUGUAAUUUUAGGAAUUAAUGACAGGAAAUGUUGAUGAUUGUUUUCGAUUAGGUAUUGGAUCGCCUAAAAAAUGUUUAAAAUUAUACACAGAUUUUGAUGAGUCAGAUAUCUUGUUGUGUUUUCCUUUGGGAAUUAAAAUUAUAAUUGGUGAAACUGAGGGAGAGAGUAAGGAAGGAGAUUCAAGUAAAAAGGAUGUUGGUUCAAUUGAUUUAUUGGCGUCGAUUGAAAUUGUGAUGAUAGAAAGAGGUCUUAAACUAACCGACUCCUUAAUUGAAAAAUGUCAUGACCAAGGCCUCUCUCGACUCAAAAUUCUCUUUUUUUGGCCUUUUCGAAAAUUUUCUCAUAAAAUAGUUUGUACAAUGAAAGAUUUGUUAUUUACAACAGAAGAAAAAUCUUUCCUUAAAAAUUGGGGAAAGUUUGACAAAGAAUAUGGAAAUGAAGAGGAAAAUAAAAUUAACAAGAAACGACACGCUUCGGAGGAUUUUAAGUCAGAUAUCUUGUUGUGUUCCCCUUUGGGAAUUAAAAUUAUAAUUGGUGUAAAUGAGGGACAAAGUAAGGAAGGAGAUUCUAAUAAAAAUGAUGUUGAUUCGAUUGAUUUUCUGGCAUCGAUUGAAAUUGUGAUGAUUGAAAAAGCAGAUAUUUCAAUAAUGCAAAAUUGGGAGCAUUUAAUAAACAUAAUUUCCGCUUUAAACCAAAUGCCUACAACAGUUUCUACUGAUAUUACAAGAAUUAGGUGUUGGUCUUCAUUUGAUGGUUUAGCAAAACAUUAUAGACAAACAAUUUGUCAUAUAUUAAUGGUUUUGGAAUGUAUUCUCUGUGAAUUUGCCCAACAUUGUUCGAAUUUUGCUGGUUGUUUUUACCCAACAUUGUUCGAAUAUUGUUGGAAUUCUGCUACAAUUAAACAAAAUCUGCCAGAAUUUCUACCAAUUAAACAGUUUUUUUAUCCAAGUAUUCAAUAUUUUCAUCGUUUUGGAUCAAUUUCCCCAACAGAACAGGCAAAUGAACGCUUCAAAUAUUUUGUUGAACAAAUAAUUCCAAAAUGCAAUUUAAUAUCUAUUCCUUCCUAUUUUGAUUUUAUUCGUAUUCGAAACUUUUUGAAAAAACGAAAUAAUGAAACCUUUGUUCAACUACAUGAAUAUGCAGAACAGGAGAAAAUAGCUAAACUUAGAUUAUUUUUCAAAGGGGAAAGAAAAUUCAUGUUAUUUACUGAAAGAUUAAACUUCUACUUUCGUUACCAAAUUAAAGGAAUUCAUUCCCUAUUGUAUUACCAACCUCCAAUUAAUCCGAAAUUUUUACUAAUGUCUGCUACGCUGCAAAAAAAAGAUUUUGAAAGUCAAGAAAAGAAUAAAUUGACACUCAUUCAAAUUUUUGUGAAAAUAAUUAAUGGAAAAAUUAUUACUAUACAUGCUUAUAAUUUUGACACUAUUAAAAUUGUCAAGAAGAAAAUUCAAGAUAAGGAAGGCAUUCCAGAUUUUAGUUUGAUCUUUGCUGGCAAACACUUAAAUGAUGGGCGAACUUUAGCUGAUUAUAACAUUAAAAAUGAAUCAACAUUACAUAUGGCUCUCCGUCUUCUUGGUGGUGUUAAUAAAAAACGGAAAUACAAAAUUGAGGAAACAAAAUGUCCUUCAGGGCAAUGUUCAGUCAAACUACAUUUUGUGAAAAAAAUUAUUGGAAUUAGACAAUACAUCUGUAGAAGAUGUAAAAAUGAAUCUGUACCAGAAUUUUUGAUAAGUUGGAAAACAACAUCUGGAAGAGGAGGACCAGCUUCAUGGACAACGUUAAGCGACUUUAAAUUGGGUUCUACUCUUUUUAAUGCUAUAAGGAAGGAUUUACUUAAAAAAAUUUAUUGCGUCUGUGUCGAAUGUGACGCAAGGGGAAAGAUCCGCUUUUAUCAGACUUUAGAAGACGGAGAAAAAGGUUUAGAUACUAGAGAAGAAGGCAUUCCUCCUGAUCAACAGCAACGUCCUCAAAAAAAGAGAAAUGUUAAAGCUCGUGAAGUUGAGGCAUCUGACACUAUUAAAGAUCCAACACGUGUGGAUAUGGAACAGCAAAAUAAAAAGAAGAAGAGUAAACCAAAUGUUUUCGAAGUUGAGGCUUCUGAUACCAUUGAGAAUAUGGAGGGUGCAAAGAGACGAAAUAAAGAAUCAAACCGUCAAUUUAAGCAGCCGCCAGCGCCGUUUAUUUCCGAGGCGCAGGCGGUUGUUGGCACUACAACUGGUUUGGUUGUUGAUGAGGUGAAUUUUAAUAUUUACUGUUAUUAUUCAAAACUUAGGAUUUGUCUGACACGCAAACUAUUGCGGGCGAUAUUGAGCCAUAUAUUGCCGAGGAUCCGGUAUAAAUUAUUAACAUUUAUUUAUUAA